AUGGAAGACGACUUCGACCCGAUCAAAGCGGCAAUGUUCUUUACUACCGCUCAAGCUGAUUACACCCUUACGACCAGAAUCUCGAAACUUGGUGUCGGGCUUGUUCUCUUCCGCCUCGCGAGCGGCACAAAUAUGAGGGUAUGCCGUCCACUGACCGUGGCCUGGGGUGUCAGAGAGAGUUCAUGCCUUUCCACGUCUGUUCUGGGAACCACCGGUCGUGCGCUGUCCGGUAUAGAUGUCACAAUAAGCUGGUUCUAUGCGCUUCUUCCUAUCUAUAAGCUUUACAAGACCCAGCUUCGCCUCAAGCUCAAGAUCAUGAUCAUGGUUCUCCUCGGCCUCGGCGCCGUUAGUUCUAUUGCAAUUAUCGUCCGCGUCAAGUACCUUAUUGAUUUGAGCAGGCUAACAUCGUCCUCCGACGGCCUCGCGACCCAACAUGCCGUCGGAACUACAAGAAGGAACAAUCUACUCUAA